GAGAACUCUUCUCCGUCUGUCAAGAAAAGGAUGUCGCGCACACCGCUGCUGGUACGAUCAUCCCCAGCGCAGGGCACAGGAUCCUAUGGAGGUUUACCGAUACUCUCGUUGAGCCCCGAUCAAUCUGACGAGGAUCAUGUGACCAGCGCCGCACGUCAUGGAAAGAAGAAGGCGAAGAGCAGGCUCUCAAACGCCGUGUCGAACACAUCCCUGAGAAGCAACCAUGGAUCUGCACGGAACUCGCCCAUUCUCACGAAUUCCGCAUCGAGACGGAGACUGAGGGAUGAAAGUGGUAGCAGCACGACGCUCAACGAGGAGCUUGGAGGACAAGAAGCCCAAUUUGAGGCUCGUUUCAACGCCAGCGCAUUAGACCCCUCGAUGGCUGGAGUUUCACCUGUGCUCGGGAGCACCAAGUCAUCAGCAUCCAGUACCAAUAUCGACAUCGACGAGGACGAGGACGACGAUGAUGUUUCUUACGGCGAAGACUUGCACGAUCAGAAAGGCAACCCAUCUGACAACUCUCCCUACGCCCAAGUCCGGGCGUCCGUCGCUGCUACUGAUAACACCACCUUAUCCAUUGAUACACCACGGAUGUGGAUUCUAUCCUUGAUAUUUGCUAUUGCCGGUUCUUCAACCAAUCUGUUUUUCUCCCUACGAUACCCUAGCGUCAGCCUUACUCCUAUUAUUGCGUUAUUGCUUGUUCACCCUCUUGGUCUGUUUUGGGACCGAAUCUUCAAACGACCGGACGACCCCGAAGAAACCUUCGUCGAUGGCUGCCGAGCCAGCCUCGCUCUACCACCUAACACACCUUGGACCCGUCGAUUUCGACUCUAUCUUGCAAAAGGCCGCUGGAAUGAAAAAGAGCAUUGCUGCGUUUAUGUCAGCAGCAACGUGUCUUUUGGAUUCGCAUUUGCUACAGAUGUUAUCGUCGAGCAAGUGAAGUUCUACCAUCAAGAUCUGGGCAUCAUGUAUCAGGUCUUGCUCAUUUUUUCCACACAGAUCCUUGGAUACUCCCUCGCUGGACUUACAAGACGGUACUUAGUACGACCGAGUGGCAUGAUCUGGCCAAGCACGUUGGUUUCCACUGCCAUGUUUACCGCAUUGCAUAAGGAUGAGAACAAGCCUGCGGAUGGGUGGACUAUCUCACCCCGGAAGUUCUUCACACGCGUCUUUUCUGGUUCCGUUGCGUUCUACUUCCUGCCUGGAUUGCUCUUCCCUGCUCUGAGUUACUUCAGCGUCAUCACCUGGUUUGCGCCCAAGAAUGUCAUCAUUGCCAACCUUUUCGGAGUUUCGUCCGGCUUGGGCUUGUUCCCUGUAACGUUCGACUGGGCACAGAUUGCCUACAUUGGAUCUCCACUUGUGACACCAUUCUGGGCUGCCCUCAACAUUCUUGGUGGGCUUGUCCUUGUCAUGUGGAUUGCGGCGCCAAUCAUGUACUACGCAAACGUCAUGUAUUCAUCCUACAUGCCGAUCCUCUCAGCUGCGGUCUGGGAUAAUACUGGUCGUCCGUACGACGUCAGCAAAAUUUUGACCGAGGACUUUCUGUUCGAUGCAGAGGCAUACAAGAAUUACAGCCGAGUGUUCCUGCCUAUCACUUACGUGCUCAGCUACGCGCUUCAAUUCGCUGCCUUGACAGCUCUGCUAUCGCACACCGCCCUCUGGCAUGGCAAAGACAUUUGGAGGCAGUGGAGCCGUUCGUGGGCAGAGAUCCGGAAGGCACCUGCAACCGAUUAUGAGCCCCUCAAUAACCUUCCAGAAGGUAACGGACGCACCGCCUCCCCUAACGCUUAUCGCCACAGGAAUAGCACAACGUCUGAGCCUGACAUGGAAGACCUUCUAGACGCUGAAGACGUGCACAAUCGACUGAUGCGAAGAUAUCCAGACGCGCCAAUGACAUGGUAUCUACUUACCGGAGUCACCAUGGCAGCUGUCGGCAUGUACGUUGUCGAGUACUAUCCAAUCCACCUCCCGUGGUACGGUCUUUUAUUGGCUCUCGGUAUUGGCGCAAUCCUGUUCAUCCCUAUCGGCAUCGUCAUGGCCAUCACCAAUCAGCAGAGCAGCAUCUACCUCAUUUGCCAACUGAUCUGCGGUGGUGUGUUCCCUGGUCGCCCCGUUGCUAACAUGGUCUUCACAACCUUUGGAUAUAUCUCCUCGACCCAAGGCCUGAAGUUCGCUUCCGACCUGAAGCUUGGCCAUUACAUGAAAAUUCCACCACGGCUCUUGUUCAGACUCCAGCUCACCGUCACCAUCGUCUCCAGCCUCACCCAAAUUGGCGUUCUGAAUUGGAUGCUGAACUACAUCCCCGGUAUAUGCACUACCGAAGCCAUCAACGGCUUCAACUGCCCCAUCGCACGCGUCCACUUCAACGGCAGCAUCCUUUGGGGUGUCGUAGGACCCAAGCGCUUCUUCGGUCCCGGCGCCCUCUACCGACCACUCGUCUGGGCUUUCCUCAUCGGCGCCGUCUCGCCCAUUAUCUUGUGGUACUUUGCGCGCAACAACCGCAAGUCAAUCCUUCGCAAAGUCAACCUCGCCGUCGUGUUUGGCAGUUUGAGUUGGAUCCCACCAGCCACAGGGCUGAACUUUUCGGUUUGGGCGAUCGUUUGCUACAUCUUCAACUAUGAGAUUCGAAAUCGUAGGAAGAAUUGGUGGAGGAAGUAUAAUAUGAUGCUGAGCGCUGCGCUUGACUCAGGUCUUGCGUUUGGUGUGGUGGUUAUCUUCUUCGGAAUUGUGUUCCCAGGGUGGAUAAAAGGGUUCAAGUGGUGGGGUACCGAGGUGUACAAACAGGGCUGCGACUACACAGCGUGCUCGUACAAAGAGGUGCCGAAGGGAAGUACUUUUGGACCGAGCGAUUGGUAGUCUCGGGUAUUGCAUUGCGUGUUGCGGGUCUUGCAUAUGCAUGGGAAAGGCGUUUUGUUGUGAUGAGCAUCCAACAG